AUGCCUGUAGCCGUACCGAAAACCGAGUAUUUUCAAGUCCUUGAUCUCAAUCCCGAUGAUACCGGUGUUGAAGACAUCAGAAUAGCGUACAAGAGACUGGCUCUGAAGUGGCACCCGGAUCGCCAUACUACGGACAAAGAGGAGGCCCAACAAAAGUUCAUUGAGAUAAGCGAAGCCUACAGAGCGUUGCUGCAGGAGUAUCAACACAAGAAACGCGGCCGAUCGCCUCGUGCUAAGAGGGGACACCCUCCAGCGUCAACUCCCAGCGCUUCAUCCUCUCAAAGUCGCAGCAGUGAUAGCAGUUCCGCUGGCCCCAGCGCGAAGACGGCCGAGAGCUCAUAUGUUCUAGCACGUUGGGGAAUAGACGGCCAAUCAGAGGUCGCUCAUUUGUUGCGCACAGAUAACAAUGUGAGGUUCGCCGCCAAAUUGCAACACAGGCCAUCAGGUCAAAUUGGCACCAAAGCGGUAUUUUGUCACCAGGCCAAUCAAAAUCAAGCGCAGCUGGUGGAUGAUUAUCUAGUCGUAGACGCCACAGUCGCGGUGGUCAUUUUACGCGCUUUGGCCAUCCUGGCACUUGUGCAUGACCUGCAAGCUGCAUCUGAGCAAGCUGCCAUUCCAAGAUGGGGCCAGGCGGCCACGCUCGUGGAGACUGUCCUGUUCAUCCAGGGAGGCAGAACAGACGAAUACAACCAAUACUCGUACUCGUCUGCGCCUCCGACGAACGACAUGUUUGUAUUGUCUCUGAGCUCAUCAUUUAACCUCUCGUCGCCACCAUGGCAGUAUACCAGCGGCUGCUCAGAUUGUUCAUCCUCGCAAGGUCCCGCAGUCGCAUGGCACACUGUGUCCCCAGUGAAUACCUCAUACAUGCUACUGUUUGGCGGCGAUCUAGGUCCCAACUCGGCGGUCACCGUGCCAGAAAGCUCAGACUCAGCCGAUUUUGUCAACGUCAAGAAUCCCCAGUCGCCGAUAUGGGAUGACGAGGCAGAUUCGUGGGCUGACGAGCCGUUGCGGCGAAUGUACCACUCGGCGUCCUCUACUGGCGGCAAGGUGUACAUCGUUGGCGGCGAAAAGACGGACGGCUCGGGUAGCGCGUUUUCCACGCACUAUGUAUUCAACCCCUCUGCACCCUCUUUCUCAGAGCUGUCUUCAACAAAUGCGCCGCCUGGAAUCUAUGGGCAUACCUCGGUCGUCCUGUCUGACGGGCGGCUGAUUGUGUUCGGCGGCUAUGAGCAGUCUUCCAACACGUUACUCCCCUUUAGCACCGUGUGGUCCCUGGAUACCACCCAGUCCACUCCGAUCUGGUCCACGGUUUCUGUGUCGGCCUCGAGUCUCCCCGAUCCGCGCCGUGGGUUUGCGGCGACUCUGGUAGAUGGCGGCAAGGUCGUUAUUCAAGGCGGCGCAGACGCGCAACUGCAGACGUCGUACAGCGACGGGUGGAUCUUGGACACGACAAAGUCGCCGAUGGUAUGGACCAGUGUCAGCGCAUUAUCAGAGCUGGGUCCUCGGCGCGAUCAUUUCGCCGUCGCCCUAGGUUCUCAAGUGCUGUUUGGGUUUGGAUAUGCUACGAACGGUCCUGCCAAUGCGAGCCUGUACCUGUUCGACACUUCGAGCGGGUCAUGGCUUUCUAGCUACUCCCCGCCGCAGGCAAUUACACAGCCCACUACCACCACGCUUUCAGGACCUGCACCCACGUUUUCUGGAAGCUCCGACCCUUCUGGUUCCGGUCAUGGGUCCUCGGGAACAGGGCCUGGAUCGGGAGGAGCCUCGGGUACCACAGGAUCAGGUGCGGACCCCACUGCCAGCAACUCGGGAAGCGGAAAUGGCAGCGGCAGUUCUGGCUCUGGCUCGGGAAACGGUGACGGUGCGGGUACUCCAGUCGGCGAAUCGUCUCAUGGACACCACGCGACCAGCAUCGCGCUGGGAACUGUAUUUGGCAUCCUGGGUCUCCUCGUGGGCACGUCGGCGGCGGUAUGGUACAUCAGGCGACAGCACUCGCGCGACAGCUUCCAUGUAUUGGAAGGAUCAGACGACGAUGCAGGCGGCGCACUUCCUAUUGCGGGCAAUCGCGAGAAGGCCGUCGUCCAGAACGUCAGGAGCAAAUUGGGGGCGUUCGUGCUGGGCUUUGCGCCGGUCCGCCACGCGCAGCGACGCGACAUGCUCGCGGAUGAGGACACGCGGCAAUUCGACGUCCCGUACCACGGCGUGCGUCGGGAGACCAGCAGCAGCCGCUCUUCGUGGACAUCGGUCUCAAGGCGGCCCACGUUGGCAGAUAUGAUGCACGAGUCGCUAGCGUCGCUUCGGUCUGUCGGUGGAACCGUACUCGCUUACGCCUCAGGCACACGCGGCAUGAGAUCGAGGGAGGCCAGUGCUGGAUCAAGGUCUACGACCGCCUGGUGGGACAAGGAGCAGUCUUACGAACCAUACGCGGACGAUGCUGCUCUCAUCGUCGAGGAUUCUGUACUUUCGAGCACGCGGCGUACCCGCCACGGCGGGCAGCUCUCACAGGCUACUGUUGCUUCUUCGGCCAUGAUCACACCAUAUGACGAUCCCUUUGCCGAUUACGAGGUCGAAGAUGUUGAGCCGCCCGCAGACUACUAUCGCUAUCUCGACGCGGACGAGGACAGUGACGACGCGCAGAGCGUCCCUGCUCUCACGGACCCACCUCCGCGUCCGUACGCGUCCAUCGCGUCCAUUCGGGGGCCAGCAGCCACCGCAGACCUCACCCGCCUGUCGCCUGUGCCCGAACGUGCGUCCGUACCCACGCUGUCCUCCAACCCGACGCUCUCCGACGCGUCACAUGCCUCGAGCUCCCACACCCCCGCUAACGCCGCCAGCGCCCCUUCGCGCAGCUCGCAUUCCCACGAGCGUGCGGCGCCGCGCCAGUCCCCCCGCCCGCGCCCGUCGUCGAUCAUCGACGCGAACCCGACGCCGGCGGAGCCCGUAAGCCGCUCGAACAGCUGGUGGGCGCGCCUCGCGAAGACGCCGCUGCUCGAGCGCGUCGCGAGCGACUCGGGCAGACGGCAGCCGCGGCCGAUCGAGAUCCGGGAUCCGAACCCCCCGCCCCGUCUCGUGCCCAUCGAGGAGUCGACGCAUUCAUAUGCGGACGAGACGUCCCCGCAUGACCGCCGGGGACAAAUGUACUCGAUUGCGCACGGCCGCUCUGCGUCAUCGCUCCAGACCACGAAGACUGCAAAUUCGGAGGUGCUCGAGAAGAUGGGACGGACCAUGGACAUUGUCCAGAAGGGCACCGUCAGCUCGCAUUCCAGCGGCCCGAGCAUGGACAGCAUGGACGACCCUAUGGUGCAACCACCGUCAGGGCGUCCACCAGCUAUUACAAUACCCUUGGGCGGCAGCGAGGGACCAGGAGUCCACGUGCGGCCCAUCGUUGAGUCACCACAGGAGAUGAGAAGCCCGGAAUUUGCCCAUUUGAAUUUCUCGUCGCCUCUAACUGCGCUGCCUGGACCACCGAGACGGACGUCGGGACAAGUGGCGGCCAUCGUCUGGUUCAGGAUCGAGUGCUUGAGGCCCGAGACCGCAUUCUGA